GCCAAGACAGAUACAGAGAGCUGGGUGCUUUGAAGCACUACCUGAAGCCUGGAGUGAUAAGAAAUCCGUCACUCCUCAUUCUGACCGUCAGUCGAGGAGGCUCUCUCUGCUCUCUUCCAGCCUUCUUCCUCUUCUGUCCUUUCUCUUCCUCAAGCUUUCCCUCUCCCCCUCAGCCAUGGCUCCGACCCUUGCCACAGCCUUCGCCAGGCGCUGGUGGAUGGCAGUGACCGCCAUCAUUGAGAACCUGCUGUUUUCCGCUGUGCUGCUGGGAUGGGGCUCCCUCCUCAUCAUGCUGAAGUCUGAGGGCUUCUACUCUUACCUUUGCAACGAGGAAGGUAACAGCUCCAGCUACAAUCGGUCUCAGUCUGCGGCGACGCCGAUCCCCCAUGACUACGCUGACGCCUUCGAAUCGGACGAAUCCUUAGUGGGUUCGGGAGACGGGGUGGAGAUGAAGCCCGUCGUACCGGAGGGUCCACUGAGGAUGAACGGCUGGCUGAUCUGCAAAGAACAGGAUGAGAUGCUGAAUCUUGCUUUCACAGUUGGCUCCUUCCUGCUCUCAGCCAUCACACUGCCGCUGGGGAUCGUCAUGGAUAAAUAUGGGCCUCGGAAACUUCGACUGCUGGGCAGCACCUGCUUUGGCUUUUCCUGCCUACUCAUUGCCUAUGGAGCCUACAAGCCAAAUGAGCUCUCCGUUCUUAUCUUCAUUGCACUCACUUUCAAUGGCUUCGGAGGCAUGUGCAUGACCUUCACCUCCCUCACACUCCCUAAUAUGUUUGGAAACCUUCGUUCUACCUUCAUUGCCCUCAUGAUUGGUUCUUAUGCUUCGUCUGCCGUCACAUUCCCUGGUGUCAAGGUCAUCUAUGAUUUCGGUGCCUCAUUCAUUACCAUUCUCGUGGUGUGGGCUUCCUGUGCUGGACUUGUCUUCCUCAACUGCUUCUUCAACUGGCCACUGGAGCCAUUCCCAGGACCAGAAGACAUGGACUACACUGUGAAAAUAAAGUUCAGCUGGCUAGGCUUUGACCAUAAGAUCACAGGAAAGCAGUUCUACCACCAAGUGACCACAGUGGGCCGCCGCCUGAGCGUCAGCAACAACGUGAAACAAAAGGAGGUGGUUGGUAAGGAUGGACGCACUCUCUGCCUAUCCACCAUGGACCUGGAAAUGGACUGCAAGCCCCAGGAAGAAACUCAGUCUUUUCUGAAGAGCAUCAUGAGCCCUAUUUUUCUGCUUAGCGCAUCGACCAUGUGCAUCACACAGCUCCGUCUCUUGUUCUACAUGGGGGCCAUGAACAGCGUCUUGGAGGUGCUCUGUGAUGGAAACCUUGACACAGUGGAAAGGAUGGAAGUUGUGAGUCUGUACUCCUCCAUCUUUGGUGUGCUCCAGCUGCUUUGUCUGAUGACCACUCCUGUCAUUGGUCAAAUUAUGGACUGGAAACUGAAGGACUGUGAUGACGGGGAAGAAGACAAGGAACCCUUAAGCAAAGGUGAAAGCAAGACAAAGCGCAGAGACAAAAAGAUCCAGAAAGUGACAAACGCUCUGCGAGCCUUCGUCCUCACCAACCUGCUUCUGGUGGGAUUUGGUGUCACCUGUCUGAUACCAAAUCUCCAGUUACAGAUCAUCUCCUUCAUCUUACACACUGUGGUGAGAGGAUUCAUUCACUCUGCCGUCGGGGGCCUUUAUGCUGCUGUAUAUCCCUCCUCUCAGUUUGGCAGCUUAACAGGGAUGCAGUCUCUCGCCAGUGCUGUUUUUGCUUUGCUGCAACAGCCCCUGUUUUUGGCAAUGAUGGGACCACUUGAAGGAGACCCAUUCUGGGUUAACAUCGGACUGCUUGUGCUCAGCAUGCUGGGCUUCUUGCUGCCUCUCUACCUGAUCUGGUACAGACGGACGCUCCAUCGAGAACUACAGCAGAAAGCCGAGGACGCCAAAAUAUACAUCAAAAUCAACGGCUCAGAGGGCCCAGAGGCCUUCGUUUAAAUGGAGAUGGAUAGAGAAAACAACGUGCAAAACAGGCGCCUUGAAGUGUCGAACAAAAAAUUGUGACACAGCUCCAUAAGAAAGACAACACCCAUCUUUACAAAUUCCCCAAUUGAAAAACUAAUGGGAUUGUUGUAGAAAUGAGUCCAAUGGACAGCUGAUGAGGAGAAAAGUAAAA